UUCAUACAAACGCGUGUUACCGAUCGCUUCACUUGUCUGUCCGUACGACACAAGUAGAUGUGCGCAUACAUUAUGUUGGCUGUGCUUGUGACUGUGUGUUUGUUCGUAAGAAGCGUCGAAGUUCUUGACAUGUCGAAUGCCACUGUGUCUCAGCUGAUAAAGUCUGCUGGUUACCCGGUAGAGAAGUAUCGAGUGGUAACGUCUGACAAAUACAUACUGCAAGUGCACAGAAUACCAGCUGGAAGGCGAGUCGCCAGGAAGUCUGGAGCGACACCGAAAGGCAAGAAGGCGGUCCUACUGGUGCAUGGUCUGAUGGGCAGCAGCAGCGACUUUCUUAUCAUGGGCCCUAACAAAAGUUUAGCUUACAUAUUAGCUGACGCCGGAUACGACGUCUGGUUGGGAAGUCUGCGAGGAACAUUGAAUACUGGCCACGUGUAUCGAGACAGAACAGAUCCAAAGUUUUGGGAUUACAGUUUCCACGAGCACGGCACGUAUGAUCUCCCAGCAAUUAUAGACAAUGUGCUUAAUAUCACCAAUCUACCUCGACUCAUAUUGGUCGGCUACUCCAUGGGUGGGACCAGCUCUUUCGUCAUGUUUUCCGAGAAACCUGAGUACAACGACAAAAUUAUUGCAUUUGUCGGCCUAGCUCCUGCAGUAUAUUUAGCUAACCAUAAAGCUAUUGUCAAAUAUUACGUGGAAGAUCUCAAGAUAACUAAAAUAAUGCAGUACCAAGCAACAUAUAUAUCGUCGAUAUGGCGACAACUGACUAGCUGGAUUGCUUCAAAUUUCUGCUACGUGAAGUCGCCACAAGAGAACCUCUGUUUCCGCAUAUCGUCUAGAUUAAUGGGCGAAGACCAAGAGCAGACUGUUAUGGAAAUUAUGGCACUACUAAUAUCUCGUCUCCAGCCAGCAUCGUGGAAGCAGUUUGAACAUUAUGGGAAAGUCUCUUUAACUGACGUUUUCACAUCAUGGCAGGAUGGGCUCGAUGGAGCUAUCAGACCGUACAACUUAUCCAACGUGAGGGUGCCAGUCACGCUAAUCUAUGGCUUGAAUGAUCAGUUGGUUGAAAAGUCUCAAAUUCAAAGACUUGCUAAAGAAUUGGACGCAAAUGGAGUUCUUGAAGAGAUAAGACCGAGUUGUGCCUGGCAUAAAUUCAACCACGUUGACUUCGUAACAGCUAAAGAGCUUGGUGAAAUGGUCAACAAACCACUUGUUGGUAUCAUUAACAAGCUGUUCAAUAAAUAUGAUACAUAAACACUG